AUGUCCUCUGCCCAGAGCACCCGUGACGCUCUUGCACAGGGAACCGCAGCCCGGGAGGGUGUGCAGACUGCUGAGGAGUUGCAGUAUGCAACGGCUGAUCGUGAGGAACGCAUUCAGGCGUAUCGUGCCGCACUCAAGAGUGCCGAUCGCCUGGCUGACGCCAUGGCCGGAAUCACCCACCUUGCUCGGCAUGCCGACCUUGCUGAGGUGUUUGAUGAACCCGGGGCUGACGCCGACGGUGAUGAAAUGUUCCUUGGAAUCAUGACGGUGAAGGAAUGGCGCGACAUGCGUGUGCAUGCGCCGAAUGCGCCCUGGACUGCACUGUACGAAGCCUGGUUCCGUCACUAUGCUUGCCGCCAGGGCAACCCGUACAUGCAGGACCAACGCAACACCUCCCUGACGGGAUGGUCAGCCCUCAUCCUUCAGCACAUUAAGGAUUUGGGUAUCCUCGAAUGGGGUGUUAACUUCGAGAAUGCCAUCAAUAAGACGGCAAUGUAUGACAUUUGCCAUAGGGUCCACAUUCUUUCAGAGGGUAGCGGUACCUUCCCACUGUUUCCUGCGAGCUCAGCUCUCUUGGACGGGCUCUACAGCCCAGCCUUGGGCAGGAUUUCCGCGCCCCCCACGGCGGAAGUUGGUGGUUUCGACGGCACCGACAUUCUUGUGGCCGGGGACUCAUCCUUGGCAUUGUGCUGGAUGCAAGGAAAACGGUGUGUGAAGAAAACCACUAUCUUCCCGAUGAUGCAGGACAUAGUCCGCGCGAACCCAGAGUUCGGGGAAGUCACAUGCCUGAUGGAGUGGGGCAAAGAUCGAACAUUGGCCCGCAAAGCAGCGGCUGAUGGUCGAGAGAGCGUCCGCCGCCUCAUCGAGCUGCGGAAGCACACUCGUGUCAGAGGCCUGACGGUUCUCUUGGGAGAUGACAACGGUCGUUUUUACAACCUGCCCAGCGAGUAUGAUGAAGAGAUGGGCAAGUACGCCCGGCAGUUGCUGAGCGCAGGCAUUAGCGUCGUUGAUCCAUCAAGCCUCCUGAUGAGGACCACGCGUCCUGACGGGUUCCACAUCGAGGUCACAGACCCGAAUGUGACUGCAUCCUUGCAGUGGUGGCAUGCUCUCAUCAGAGCCGUUUCCACCGACCGAAUCAUCACUCGCCGGAAGGCUGAGUUCGUCGCCAAUCAGAGAAGUAUUGUGUUCCGCAAUCACUUCGAGCUUGGGAAGGCCAAGAAGGAAGAGGAUGAGCAGAUCGUUCUCGAUCACCCUCUUCUGAUGAUGAUGCCUGAGCCGGUCGAUGAUAUCGAUCUCAAGCCGGAAGGCUCUGAAGAGGACUUUGCCUUUACGGUGGCACGUGAUGUCAUCAACACCACAAAUGUGCUUAUCCCUGACGGAGACGCCAUCGAGAAGGAGGCCACUGACGGCAUCCCCACGGUGUGGGACGAACCCCCUGAGGUUCCGGCAUUGGAAGAUGACCGCAGACUCCCGAAAGGCACAGUCAGGUAUUCGCAGGCUCUUCGCAAAGUCGGGUCGACGCCCAAGUCGAAACCCGAUCCUGCCAAGCACAGGAGAAUCUCGGAGCCAGUCGAGACCGACGACGAAGAGGAUGUCGUUAUGGACCUGGAUCCUGAUGACGCCGCUCAGCCGUCGGAAGACGCUGCUGUUGACUUCGAGCCAUUCUUUGAGUGGUGGGGCUAUGAAGACAUCCCCGAUUUUGCCCCAAGCCAUCGCUACAUGACAGAUGGCAAGCGGCGAGCAUUGAGCAAUGCCAUGAGCUUUUUCCUUCGCGGCUUCGCGAAUAGUGCAGAGUCACAGGCACAAAGGCGGCCACCGCCCAUGAUGACCUUCGACCCCGCAACACGGGAGGUCGAAUGGGAUCACUUCAAAGAGCAAUUGGGCAAACAGUGGCGCGGUCUCCGGUCGGAAGACGUCAUGGAAGUGGUGAAAUAUGGGAACCACGACAAAGAUGACAAUGGACGCUUUGAGUUGCGCGUCCUCCACUUCAUCGACCACACUGAGAUUCAUGGAAUCCGUGCGUUCCAAGGGCACUGCCGCGAUCUCAUCUCUGACGAGACUGAUCUUGUGGAUAUGCACAGUGACAGCUAUGCUUUGUGUGACGACUACAGUGACUACAGGCCCACCAUGCAUACGCGCCCUGCCGUGGGUGUCACUGGCCAAAUCCACAACGACUGGGUCAGAAUGCAUCCGAUCGGGUACCAUGCGACCUAUUGGAGCAAUUUUUCCAAUAUCGUAAGUACCGGUCUCAUCCCAGGCGGUGUCACCCUCGGCGGAAGCACGGGGAGAGCCUUCACUAUGAUGGCUUCCCUCCCUCAGUGGGAAAGGCCGAACAACGCAGGCCUGCGACCUGGCGCUGAGGUUGAAUUCGCUAUCGACCUUCAACUCGCGUGCCUGGAAGGGUGUCGCAUUCUCCUGACAAAGAACAAUGUUCUGCAGGCCCCCGAUUGGUUGUCCAAUCGCUACCUUAUGUUUGCUUACGAUCGCAGAACCGGGAAACCCGUAUGGUUUAACCGCUCGUACGAGCUCACGCGAGCUCGGGUGUCCAAAGCCCGUGAUGCAUAUGUCAAGCGUCAGGAGAUCCUGCCGGUCUUCAACCAAGACCUCAUCGAACGCGCAGCGGAAGCUGACGCCAAUUGCAUCAUGGAUUACGUUGAUCUCUGUUACCCGAUCCACAAUGAAAAUUUGGACUGGGUUGAGUUCUUGGGUAUGUUCAUGGACAUGCAGAAGCCCUCGCACUCGCGUGAGGUUGAGCAGUUUCAUGUCGAUGGUCGUACCAUCUGCUUUGAGCAGGGUAGUCCGCUGGAGGGAACUCCGUGCGAAUGGACUUUGGAUGCCCAGGUCUACUUCUCGCCCAUCGGGCUGACCACCGAGCGCCCGUUGCGUGUGGAGCGCAAGCACUACUCAGUGUGCCUCAACGUGCACUUCCCAAAGCUGCGCUGCCCUGAUGAUAGGUGCAGGUCUCAGAUGCUUGACGGCUAUCUUAAUUGCCCCCGCUGCCAGCGAAAGUUGUUCAACCCGAGCGACAUCUCCCACAUUGCGGAGCUGGCUGAUCUGCGGGCGGAAGCCGCGCAAGGUGGAGCUAACCACAGUCUCCACUAUCUGGCACCAAGAGCAGCUAUCAACACUCGUCCACACGAGCACACCCGUCAGGGGGCCGAUGUUAAGAAAAGCAUCGCUGCGACACUCAAGGAGAAGUGCAAGAAAAUGGUGGCGAAAGCAGCAGAAGGGACACAUGGUUCCCUGCGCCAGAACCUGAAGUACGAACCCUUCAGCGCCUUCAAUGUGUUUUCGAAGGGGAUGACGGUGACUUCACUCGACGAAGUCGAGAUGUUCGCGCGCUUGCGACUUCUCGCCCCGGGAACGGGGACGGAGGCAAAGAGAGGCUUUGCCGGAUCUCACACGUCCGAUGCACGCACUGCCCUCAUUUUCCCUCCCGUCGACGACAUUAUUCGCGGGGAGUACAAUUACCAGAGGAACAUCUUUCUUGAGCUGGCCAAGCGCUGCUAUUUCUGUUUCCAAGACCGCUUUUACUUGGUCCCUGAAAUUGCUGUGUUGAUCCGCGCCACUCAGUUGGCCUCUGAGGUUCGCAAUCUGCGUCCUUUCACAAUCCUCCGCCAUGACGGCGUCGAGUACCAGCCCGUGACCGGGACUGUCCCUGAGAUUAUGGCCGACCUCGUCGGUUUGCUCCGCAACAACGCACAUCAUGCUCUCACCAACAAAGAGCGUAACCAGCAACGGGUUACUGUGCAAGUCGGAAUCGGGCAGACUCCCUUGGAGAUUCCAGCAUCGCUAGGAACUAUGGGCAGGUCACAGAUGCUUGAGCUUCUUGGCGGUACGCGGUUCAGUGUUGAGCGUACCCGCGGUUGGAUUAAUCGUGAGGUGGAGGACCGAAUGGUCCGGCACGGUGCCACUCCCAUUGGCGCCAUGCGUGUGCCGCCACCACCGCCGACACCAUCCGGAAGGACUGGUCCUGACUCGUCGCUGCCUGCAGCAACACCCAGUGUUCGGCCUCCACCGGCUCCUCCAAGCCGAGGUCGCUCACCUGGCGGUGCAGCUUCGUCAUCCACGGAUCGUCCAAUGAGCACUUCUGUCCCAAAAGCUGCAAAGUCGAAGGCGAGGCCGUCAUCUGCCCGAAGCAUUACGCCGCCUCCUCCAAAGCCAAGUGCCAACAGACCAGUGCAGCCGCCUUACCCACCUACUGCAAAAGCUGUUCCGAAGGCUGACGCCGUUCGUGCACCUGAGGAAUACAUCACUGCAGAUGAGUGGGAUAACUACUUUGCCGGCCGUGGCGAAGUUAGAGGCUUUGCUGUUGGUAAUGCACCGGCCCCGGUUGCUGCCCCUGCAGGGCCACCUGCCACAGCCGCCGGAGGGCGUGCUCGCACUCGCUCACCACGCCGCCAUGACUAUGGUGGGGGUCGAGAUUAUCAAGAGGCCGCUAACGACAGGUUGCGUCACCUGCGCCUGUGUGAUGAGGCAAUCGAACAGCAGCUCGAGAACCUGACGGUCACUCUCCCAGGCUUCCCAGCUGAUCGCUUGAGGAACUGGACUGACCAGGAUGGGAACGGAUUCGAUCCAACCCAACCAAUGCCUCGCAAUUGCACUCGCACAGAUGCUUGGUAUUGGGGAGUCCUCCGUGCCCGCUAUCUUGAGGAGCUGUCGCCCAAUGAAGUGCCUUUUGUGAUUUCUUGGUUCAGCAUCCGGUUGAGCAGAUUACCUGGUUCCUGCGUGGCUGGGAGGAGUUCCGCCAAGACUCCAAUGGAGCAUGGUACAGGGCAUACUAGUCCGUCGCAUCCGACACCGGAAGGUGCUCCGCGUCCUGAGGGCACCGUGUCGAGAGAUGCAUGA